AUGUUGCGCGUUUGGCUGGCUUCAGGGCAGCAGCUGGCGGCAGUGCCUGUGGAAAAAGUGCAGAAUGUGCUGAGCUUGAAGCAACAUCUUCAAGGCAUCUGCGGCCUGCCGAGAUUCAGACAAAGGCUCCUGGGGGAUGGAAUAAGCUUGGCCGAUGAUGUGGAGUUGGAGUCGCCUAUGGACCUACAGCUGGUGCUUCUGCAUUUUUCCUGUGCAUCCCUGGAGCAGGCGGAUGAGCUCCAAAGUGCUGCAAAGCAUAACUUUGUUUCCAAGGUUGAAGAGGUGCUGUACCGACCCCAGGAUCCUGAUUUACGGGGGAUUGCAGGAGAAUCUGCUCUUUACAUCGCCUCAGAAAGGGGUCACUUGGAGGUUGUCCGGCUCCUGCUGGAAGCUGGCGCGAGCAAGGAUGUGAUCUGUGGACGCUGGACACGCUUGACACCUCUGGGAGUCGCAUCUCGUGAAGGCCACAGGGAGGUGGUGAUGUUGUUACUGGCCGGUGGAUCUGGUGGCGUGGACAGAGAACGCCGUGACCGAGGGGACCGAGAAGCGUCGCCUCUGUACUUGGCAUCCCUGCGUGGGCACGCUGACGUCGUGAGGUUGCUCCUGCAGGCUGGUGCUGACAAAGAUGAGGCCUUCGUCUUCACAUACUUUCAGUGUGACCCUGAUCAACUCGUUUGCAGUGAGGUGACAUCUACCCAAACACCCCUAGGUGUGGCUUCAAGAGAGGGCCACACGGAGAUCGCGCACCUUCUGCUAGCAGCCGGUGCAGAUCGCAACACAGGUGCCGGAAGGCAUGAUGAAACUCCCCUCUACCUGGCAUCAGAGCAGGGUCACAUCGAAAUCGUGCGCUUGCUCGUUAUGGCCGGUGCUGCCAAAGACAAAUGCAGUGGCCCGUGGGGGAAAACUCCUAUACGCAUUGCAUGCAGCAGAGGCCAUGUGGAGAUCGUGCGCCUGUUGUUACGGGCCGGCGCCAACAUUGAUGACUGUUCACUUGAAGAUGUUUUCACCAGUGAUAAGGAGGAGGACAUCAGGCGUUUGCUGAUUGAUGCGAAGAAGGCAACCGUCAGUUCUGGGAAGAAUGUGGCCACAAAUUUCUGA